UAAUCCAUCCCGCCCCCACACCCACCGUCACCGUCACUAUCACCACACAAUGUAGUACUAAAACUGAAAAAUACUCCUUACUAUUGUCAAUUUACUUUAUGAAAAAUAUUAGGUAGAAAAUAGUAGAGAGAAAGAGAGAGAAUAUCCUCUCUUCCUGAGUCGUGAGGUUGAGGCCAGCACCAGCCUCAGCACCUAGCACCUAGCAGCAUGAACAGCACCAGAUGCGCCACCGACACCAGAAUGGCUGCUGGGCUUCCUGAGAGCGAAGAAGAAGAAGAGAUGCAAAGGCAAACAUACACAUACUGGUGCCAUGAAUGUGACAUGAGCGUUAAUUUGAUCUCUCUUUCUCUUUCCCAUUCCCAAUGUCCUCACUGCAACAGUAGCGAUUUCCUCGAGCUCAUGGAUUCCACCAUAGCUACAACAACUACCCAACAACAAGACUCUUACUUUCUUGACAACCCCACCCUCCUCCACCGCCUUUUCCUCCUCCACCACAACGAAGAAGACAACAUCAACAACAACAACCACGUUGACUCCUCUUCUCUCUCCACCAUCACCAUCUCCUCAUCCAUGCUGGACUCGGACCCAGUCCUUCUCUGUGCCAUUUGCAAGGACGACCUUCUCCUCCACUCUCAAGCCAAGCAGCUCCCUUGCUCCCAUCUCUACCAUUCUCAAUGCAUUCUCCCCUGGCUCUCUUCCCACAACUCCUGCCCUCUCUGCCGCUUCCAACUCCCCACUACCACCACCGCCGCCGCCGCCGCCACUACCGGGACACUCUCCUUUCUUGAUUUCCUCCAUGAUGAGGUGGAGCAGGAACAGGAUUGGCUUGGCUUUACCAACACUCUCAGGCACAUUGCCCGCAGACAAACCAUGGUUGCUGCUGCUGCUGCUUCUGGUGAUCAACAUUUGGGCCUUAAUGACAAUGACCACAAUGCUCAUAUCAUUCUACCUUAAUUUCCUGGUAAUGUAUAUAAUUUGUUAUUAGGAGAAUCUGAAUUCAGUCAUUGAAGAGCUUCUGAUGAAGUGUAAAUCUGCAACGGAUAAUUGUACUUUUUUCCUGUUCCAUUUUUGCUAGGUAUAGUGCACCGCCCAAUAAGAUGAUAACCUGGUUUUAUGUGUGACUAUUGUGCAAUACCUCUCUCUCUCUCUCUCUGUCUCACUGAAUUGAAUAUUAUGUAAACCAAACUCUCCUUCGAUUUCAAUAAAACAGAAGGUUAAGUUGCUA